AGAGAACCAAUUUCAUUCUUCACGAUAGAUAUUCCGUCUAGAAACCAUAUACAUAUCUUCCAUAGACCAUGCAUAUUCCGUGUACCAAGUUCUAUCCGUUCUUUGCCUGGUCGGGUACCCAUGUCACUUCACUGUACUUGUAGAAGUCCCAAAGAGUCAGAUGGCUCAAGAUUAGAGAAUGGCAGGCGUGGAGCAGAAAUUGCAUGGCAAGAACCAGGAGGAGCAUGGAAGACCCGGAGAUUCCCGUUGGGUAAGGGAUAUGAGGUCUUUGAUGCAGAGCUUCUUGGAGUGGUUCAAGCCCUCCAGGUAGCACAGAAGGCGGGAGAUCAGAGACCAGUCACUAUCCUACUGGACUCCCAAGCUGCCAUUGCAAGGCUGCAACAUACCCAGUCAGGGCCAGGUCAGGCGCUGGUGACCCAAGCACACACUAUCCAGCCUGCAAAGACAGGAUCAAGAGAGAUCUCACUGGCCUUUGCCGGCAGAGCCCGGACGGAGGCCAUUGCAGCACAGAAGCAGAGAUGGCCUGCCAGGAAGCUUGGCCAGCAAUCCCAACAGGGCCGAAGAACCUACAGGCCACAGAGGAACUGGCGACUUGACCCCUCAGCUGCAGUGGCUCCCAAACACUUGGCAAGCCGCUAUUUUCAACUGAAGUCAGGACAUGCCGCCAUUGGGACAUACUUGCACUGGAUUCAGGCCCAGGAAGACGCAACUUGUCAAGGAUGUGGGUCGUCAAGGGAGACAGUACACCAUCUUCUCUUUGAAUGCCGGCAAUGGCAACACCAACGAAACAGGCUCUACAAGGAUUUGGAGGCAGACGGGGUUAUGAGACCCACCAUUGCAGAGGAGCACCCACAAGGACGACUUCUAGGGGAGCCUAGAGCUACCAGGGCGCUGCUACAAUCCCUAGCCAACACCAGCAUAGGUCUGCCCCAGGGGCAUCUACAGCGGGCGGCAGAAAGAGCCUGGAAAGACGAGGAAUGGGGACUGGAAGCAUUGGAGGAAGCCAGUAGAACAGGAGAAGGGUAG